GCGCAUGCGCAAGGUCACAUUACAGGAAGCACCUGCUUGAUACAUUUUGGAUGCUUUAUUUUUAUUUUAAUGCGAUAUGAAAUUAUCACAGAAGUUAGCAAUAUCAUUAGGAAAGAAAUAUGUUGGGCUAUGCGUUAGUUGCGUUUUUAUCUGUAGUCCUCGCAGCAAUAUUUAUUCCACACAAAUGGUCUCUCACAUUUGGAAAUGAAUCAGCAUCUAUGCGACUCUUAAACGCUCAUGAAUUAUCAUUUUACAAUGGGGGCCAAGGCAGCAAAGGCCUGUACUUGGCCUUACUGGGCCAGAUCUUUGAUGUAAACAAAGGAGAGAAACAUUAUGGACCAGGUGGAGCUUACCAUUUCAUGGCAGGAAAAGAUGCCUCACUGUCCUUCAUCACGGGGGAUUUCACAGAAAGUGGACUGACAGAUGAUGUUUCCAGUUUGUCUCCUUUGCAGCUGGUGGCUUUAUAUGAGUGGUUAUCCUUUUACCACAAGCAAUACCAACAUGUAGGGUUCCUUAUUGGGAGUUAUUAUACAGAAAGUGGGGAGCCCACAGACACUCUUCUACAGGUAGAGGCAUCACUGGCUGAGGGCCAGAGGCUCAAGGCACAAUCUGAAGCUGAUAAGGCUCGCUUUCCACCAUGUAACUCAGAAUGGAGUGCCUCUACUGGGGGACGGGUCUGGUGCUCUACCAAGAGUGGUGGAGUGGAGAGGAAAUGGACUGGUGUUCCAAGACAGCUAUAUAGUCCUGGGUCCAGUGUUGCUCGCUGUGUCUGUAUUGAAAACCCAUACGAAGACUAUCCUAAUCUAAAGAAAUACGAAGGCUGCCUGUCAUCUUCUGAAUCAUGCCUUAUUGGACCUGAUUAAGUUUUUUGGAUUAAGUUUUUUUGUUUGUUUUUUGGACCAUUCCUUUGAAGCAAAAGACAAUAAAUCCCAAAACACAAAUCU